GAUCAGUCUGAGGGUCAACGUCCCACACUGAGAAACAAACACACACAUCUGUUCUGAGCUCCAACAGAAACCAUGCUCAAGUUUCUCUCUUUAUUGCUAAUUUCAACAUUAGCAGUUUUUGCAGCGAAUGCGAGUCCAUCAGGACGUGUCCAGCGCUCCAUCGGCAGACCUUUCAGAUCAAUGCUGACCGUCCAUAACGGGAUGAGAUGGGGAUCAUGGGGUCAGAAAGAGAUGUGUCCAACUGGGAUGUACGCCGCAGGAUUUAGUCUAAAGGUGGCAGGUAUGUGGGAGUCUCUGCUGGUUGGCGAUAACACAGCGCUCAAUGGGAUUCGUCUUCAUUGCAUCAACCCAUCUAAAAAAUCCUCUGCUCCAUAUGAUGAUUACGCCACUGUUCAGUCAGAUGUAGGAAGCUGGGGAAAAUGGUCAGAUAUCAAAUGGUGCCCAAGUGGAUUCCUGAUGUCUUUUCAAUUGAGAGUGGAGCCCUACCAAGGGACCUGGGAUGACACGGCUGCAAACAACAUCAGGUUUAAAUGCAGUGUAAACGCAGAAGAGCUGCAGGGGUCUGGGAUGUCCUGGGGCGAAUGGGGCGACUGGAGCGAGACCUGUGGAGGAACCGGAAUCUGUGGGAUCGAGACUAUGGUGGAGGAACCGCAGGGUGUAGCAGACGACACCGCACUCAAUGACCUGCGCAUCUACUGCUGCGACUGAACUACACUGACAGAAUGAUGCAUUGCAUUUACUACAUUUCUUUAAGGUAAGAGGUUACAAACAAUUUACAUGGGCUGAAUUUAAACAAGCAAAUAAAGUUGAACAUUACUACAUUUAAUUUGUUUGUUCAAAUUCAGCCUAUUUAAGUUGCUUGCAACCACUUACCUUAAAGAAAACGUAUUAAAUCCAAUGCAUCAUUUAUUAGUGCACAGAAGAGCAUUGCUUAAAGGCUCAGAAGAUCAUAAUGUCUGUCUGAGAAUGAUUUUCUUUUUCAAAUAUUUCCUAAAUGAUGUUAAGGAUUUUUUCACAGUAUUUCCUGUAAUAUUUUUUCUCAGGUCAAUAUUAUUAGCCCCCUUAAACAAUAUAUUUUUUGGAUUGUCUACAGAACAAACCACUGUUAUACGAUGACUUGCCUAAUUAGUCUAACUUUAGCACGGCAAGGCACGUUUAUUUAUAUAGCACAUUUCAUACACUGUGGCAAUUCAAAGUGCUUUACAUAAGGAAUAAAAGAGAAGUUGUAAUCCAGCA